AUGGAAAGGUAUAAAAUUUUGAAAGAGCUUGGACAUGGUUCUUGCGGUCAUGUAUAUAAAGCCCGUGAUAUGAGAACUUUUGAGAUUGUUGCUGUCAAAAGGUUGAAAAGAAAAUUUUGUUUUUGGGAAGAAUACACAAAUUUAAGAGAAGUCAAGGCCCUCCGUAAAAUGAAUCACCCAAAUAUCAUAAAGUUGAGAGAAGUUGUUAAAGAAAAUAAUGAACUCUUUUUAAUUUUUGAAUACAUGGAUUGUAAUCUCUAUCAAUUAAUAAAAGAGAAAGAAAAACCCUUUUCAGAGGAAGAGAUACGAUGUUUGAUGAAGCAAGUGCUCCAAGGACUCAGUCACGUGCACAAAAAAGGAUUCUUUCAUCGGGAUUUAAAACCUGAAAAUCUGCUGGUGUCAAAUGAUGUUCUUAAAAUUGCUGAUUUUGGACUGGCUAGAGAAGUAUCAUCAAUGCCUCCAUAUACUCAAUAUGUUUCCACACGGUGGUACAGAGCUCCUGAAGUUUUGUUGCAGUCCACAUGCUAUACUCCUGCUGUUGACAUGUGGGCUAUUGGUGCUAUAUUAGCUGAGCUUUUUACUCUGACCCCCAUAUUUCCCGGUGAAAGUGAAAUAGAUCAACUGUACAAAAUAUACUGCAUUCUUGGUAUGCCAGAUUCAACUUGUUUCACCAUAGGUGCAAACAACUCUAGGCUAUUGGACUUUGUAGGCCAUGAAGUUGUUCCACCUAUGAAGCUUUCUGAUAUCAUUCCAAAUGCUAGCAUGGAAGCUAUUGAUUUGAUCACACAAUUGUUAUCGUGGGACCCAUCUAGAAGACCAGAUGCGGAUCGGUCACUGCAACAUCCUUUUUUCCAUGUGCAUACAAGGGUUCCUUGUUCACUCGGUGAUCCACUUGAGCUGAAGCUGAGUAACAAGAGGGCAAAGCCAAACCUUGAGUUGAAAUUGUAUGAUUUUGGCCCUGAUCCCGAUGAUUGUUUUCUUGGCUUGACUUUGGCUGUAAAGCCCAGCGUUUCAAACUUAGAUGUGGUUCAAAAUGCAUCGCGUGGGAUGGGAGAGAAUAUGCUAUUUUGCUCGAAUUUUAAUGAUCAUCAAGAUCAAUCAGUUUUUUGGUCAUUAUUAUCUCCUGAUCAGAAUGGAGUUCACAACUCAGCAGAGACUUCAUUAUCAUUGUCAUUUGGAUCUGUUCAACACCAGCCAAUGGGAGUUCCACAAACAGCGGGGUUUUCUUUUCAGCCUUUGCAGCCUAACAUCUUAACUACACCAUUUUUGACACCUUCUUCUCCGUUCCAGCGCCGCCGGCAUUGCCUUUGA